CCGGACCGAACCGUAAUUUAAAUAUUUGGUCUGGUCUACGGUCUAAAUGGUCUGGUCCGGUUUUUUUAUUUAAAAAAACGGUAUCCGGUCCGGUCCCGGUUUUAAAAUUUUCAGACCAGACCGGACCGGAAAACCGUUUGUUGAACGAUGCUGAUGCGUGGUUGAUACCAAAUCCGAACAGUACUUUUCUGUACAAUGAUUCUGAUGAACUGAAUUUUAGCCAUGGUUGUCAGAAUGUGGUAAAAUCAUUGCAAUUUCAGCAGCAAGAUAUCAAACCGAUUGUUGAUGAGAAUCGUACUUACGCAUUUACUGAAAGUGUUGUUCCUACACAUUCACAAUCGCAAGGUACUAAUAACAACAAAUUCGCCAUGGAUACGGAUUCUUCCUUCUUCGAGAAAUGCUUCAACAUCGAUUUCACUCAACCAGAUAAACUCCACAAGAAAAACAUCAACAGUGAACUCUUCUCCGCAUUCAGCAAUUGCGAUUACCAAAGUAUUUCGUCAUCUGACAUUGGAGUAGUACCAGAUUCAAAUACAAAUACAAAUACAAAUUCCAUGUCUUCAGAGGUUUCUUAUUUGUUUGCCAGAUCUUCAGCGAGUAACGACAGAUCAUCAAAUGGAGCUCCAGUGAUGGAUAGAGAAGCUAGGGUGUUAAUUAUAGUCUUUGGGAUGCUAAAUCAUUACAGUUGUGGAACAGUUAUCUUAUAA